AUGCGUUGUCGUAACUGCAGAUUGAGGAGAUCGAAUGUGGUGCAGCGUCCCUCCGAUUUUCGCCAGACUAUUGGUAUAUAUUUUGACCCUAACCUAAAUUCUUUUCCUCCACUAAUAACACCCGCGCACCCCCCUCAACCCAAGCGUCGAAGAUCUAUACCUCCAGGUCUACCAUCGACAAGUCGGUCUCCCAUUAUCGACCGGGCUGUUGAAUUCCUGCUCCAGGAACAUGAGUCUCGCGUGCGUGCUUCGGGGAUGUUUCCACAGGACAUAUCCACCCCACUUGUGCGCCAGUCUAUAGCUCGAUUUGAGAAGGAAAUGGCUGUCUCCAGCCGAGAUAUUGCUUGUUGCACUUGCGGCAUGCUUAUUCCUAGCAAUGACACGCGUCGAUUUCUUGAUGGAGAUCCUGUAUUGGAGCCAUUGGCAGGCUUCCUCGAUCGAUGCGGCUACAUUGAUGGCUUCUGGAACCUAUGCUCAGGAUGCCAUGCGCCACUCCUACGCGGCUCUGUUCCGAAGUUCUCCGCCGGUAACAAAAUCAACGUUGUUCUGUGUCAGCAUUACCCCGAGGCUCUUAAAGAUCUUACUCUUACCGAAGAAUACCUGAUUGCCAAGUCCCAUCCAGUGGGGGUCGUAUUGAAGCUGCGCCCUGGAGGCCGAUCAUCGCCAGCAAGCUACUAUGCGUUACGCGGCCACUUUAUCAUUAUACCACAAGACCCAAAACCUCUCCUUCGAAUAUUGCCAAGCCCUGACCUGCACUUCGCUGAACUCAUCAAAGUCUUCUGGCUGGGGAAAAUUUCCCCGACCACCGCUGAUCUGCAGCCAUUUUUCACUGUUCGUAAGCACAAGGUGCUUGCUGCUCUUCGCUAUCUCGUGCGACAUAAUCCUUUAUACGGCAACGUUACUAUUGAUCAUUCUGCUGUCAAUCACUGGCCCGAUGAGUUUAUACCUUCAGACAUACAGCAGCAAGUAAUAUGUGUAGACAACACGGAUCACCACGAACGGGCGGGCUACAGUGUUAAUUUGCAAGAAGGUAACUACGAAAACGACUGGCAAGCUGCAGAGGACAACCACCAGUUCAUCGACGAUUCUCUUCCAGUCACUGGUUCUGUUACUACUGACUUGAAUGGAGAUCGGCAGAACCCUGACCUGCGUCUGCUGAACACGGUGUUUACCCUUGUCAAUGACCCGCCGCUCAAAACGCAACCUCAAUUUGCCCCCACCAGCCACGCAAGCCAUUCUUCUCAACAACCUACCGCUCAUCAACGGGUCCCUACGAUCGAAUACCGUAUACAUGGCCAAGUAUCGCUUCUAAAUCAAUGGGACGAUCCUCAUUAUCUCACAUCUGCUUUCCCUACGCUUUUCCCGGGAGGGAUUGGAGGUCAUCUGGAUGAUCGUGCUGUAACUGUAUCCCUUGUUGCUUUCGCAAAUUGGGCACUUCGUCACCAUAGCCGGAGAUUCGCUCGUCACAGGACGUUCAUGUACUUGUUAUACGACAUCAUACAGCUGCGGAAUUCAUGUCUUGGCAACUCUCUUCUCAUCAAACGAUCCCAGUGGACCUCGGUAGCUAGGGAUCUAGACUCACUUAAUGUCGAUCGCCUACAAAAGGCAGCUGAGGAGCUUAGCACCAAUCAAACCACCUCGGAUCCGCUAAUCCGACGGCUACUCAAGAACAUCACCGCCAUCGGUGUACAAGUACCAGGAUCCUUUUUCCAAAAAUUACAGAUCCGGGCAGAACUUCGAGGUCUUCUCGUUCGAGAAGGUAUGCCAGCGUUCUGGCUAACAAUCAACCCUUCCGAUCUUCAGAAUCCUCUUGUUCUGGUUCUUGCUGGCGUCCAGUGUUCAUCUGACCUCCCUGCUAACGUGACAUCGGCCAUCCAAUCCGUGACAGCAACGUCUGACCCUGUGGCUGUGGCGAGAUUCUUCCACUGCACAUGCAAGGCGGUGCUUAACGGUCUUCUCGGUAGCAAAACUGCCGACAUUGGGAUCCUUGGGGACGUUUCUAAUUACUUUGGCGUGGUGGAAAGUAAUGGACGAGGCAUGUUACAUCUCCACACAUUGGUGUGGACUCGAGGAAAUCUUGGUUUCGUCCGCUUGCGUGACCGUGUCCUCGCAGACGGUGAUUUCGCAAAUCGAAUGAUCACCUUCUUGGGGACUGUCGUGAUGCAUAGCUUACAUGGCUCUGACGAGGACGAUGAAUCAACCCUCUCGAACGUAGCUCCUCCAUCAACUGGCCAAGAAACAGACUCGGAAUUCAUGCGGAAACUUUUUUACGAUAGCAACCGUGUUGCUCGUACGAAACAACUUCACUCCAAGCGACAUACGGCAACUUGCUUUAAAUACCGCCCACAAAGAUCAAACAACCAUGUCUGUCGCUUCGGUAUGCCUCGCGAUCUUCUAGACGCAGCAAAAGUAGACGAGUACGGCAUCAUUCACCUUGCUCGUAACCAUGCUUGGGUUAAUCCGUGGAAUCCCUCCAUUGCCACCUGCAUCCGCUCAAAUCAUGACAUCUCCUGGAUUCCGACCGUGUCCAAGUCGUUGUCCCUUCUGUAUUACAUUACCAACUACGCUACCAAGGAUGACGUUUCGCCGUGCCACAUGGUCACAAAAGCGGCGCUGUUGAAACAAAUGAUUGAACAUGCCGCCGCCGCUCCUACUCCUAGCACGGUAGAUAUAAGACUCCGUCAAAGGGGCAUGGACAAGUUUGCCCUCCGCUGCUUCAAUAGCUUGUCCCAAGAUCGUGAAAUAAGCGGGGUCCAAGUGGCGAGCACAUUACUUCAACUUCCCUCCUACUACACACUCAACUAUAAUUUUACUCGCAUUAAUCUCUGGUGGCUCAGACGGUACGUUCGUUCGUUAAUUCCACCAGGACAGUCUCGUCGAGAUACCUUGCCAUCAGAUACGAUUGGAGAAGAGCCAUGCAAUUAUGAGCAAACCGCAACUGCACCGGCAAAUAUAUUCGACAAUUAUAAGUUGCGUGGUAGUCAUUUAUCUUCCUUGUCCAUCUUCGAAUACUGCAUGGUAGUGCGCACCAAGAGACUCCAGGAUGCGACGACAGAAGACAUCCCCUUCGAGGAUGCACAUCCAAGACACCGAACCCAUAUACAGAGACUGGCUCAGUCUCCUUCUCAGACGGCCACAGUAACCCUACAAGGCGAGCUGACAGAAUUUCAGUCCUCGGAGGACUCCGUCCCAGAUGGAAAUCCCACAACCACAGCGAUUCAGAACGAUCUUGCCGAGAUCCUCCUCGGACUUUUCAUUCCUUGGCAAAAUCUGCCCUCACUUUUUCAACAAACACAUCCUCCUGCCACAUCAACACAUGAUAUUCUUCAUCAUGUUUGGACAUGUGUUGAACCAACACUUCCACCAUAUAUUCGUACAUUUGCGGAAAACGUUGAGCUCCUGCGCAAAUCAAAGAGUGACUGCCAAGCUGAUGCAAUACUUCGCAGCCGCACUAAUGAACGCGCGAGCCCAAUCGACCAAGAACUGGGUAGUCCUCCGUACCCCGCAUCGGGUUCAGAAAAUGAGGAUCCGCAUCUGCCACAAAAUCUAGAUGGUUCACUGACCAAAGAAACCCUUCUGGCUGCAUUUCUGGCGAUAAGUCGACGCUGGACGAACGAGGCCCAAGAUGCUCAACGCCAAAUCACCACUCUCGCCUCGUUUUCUUUCACUCUAACCCUUCAGCUACAAAAUCUCCGACCCCUCCACAUUUCUGACAGCACAUUAUAUCAGUCGUCUGGUCUCAGUUUCUUUCCGGUGUCCACUCUGAACGAAUGGCAGGACCAGAUUAAGAAUUUUACGAGGCUCACUACCCAAGAUCCAAACACUGCAUCGUCAACGUCCGCUGUCCCAGACCUUGAUGACUCCAAUAUCGACCUUAUCGACAAUGUCUUACUGCCUGUACUCGCUGGGUCAGAUGCACUCCCUGACUUGCUGCAUCUUCGCUCGCGAGUGGGACAAAAUCCCACUGGGUUUUCAGUAACUUCACUCGUACGCGAGCUUAUUCCCCUGAACGAGAAACAAUGCAUCGUUGUGGAAAAAGUCCUGACCGAGAUCCUCAACUGCACUGACCAUCCGUAUGAUCAUUCACAGCGAAAACAGACACUCCUCUACGUAGGAGGUGAAGGCGGAGUGGGCAAAAGCCAGAUAAUUAAAGCAACUACCGUUGCUAUGGACUUGCUUCACCGCAAGAACGAGAUCAUCCUGAUGGCCCCAACAGGAGCUGCCGCUGAUGUUAUUGGAGGAAGCACCUACCACACGUCUCUUGGCAUUUCUCUGAACCGGUAUCGACGGACCGGUGUGGGGCAAAGGGUUCGCAGGCUAUGGACGCAAAAAACCAUUAUGUUCAUAGACGAGGUGAGCAUGGUGGAUCUCUCCGCGCUUAGCAUCAUCAACACCCACUGCAAGAUCGCCCGAUCUCUUGAGAGGUCAUCGCCGGACCUCUUUGGCGGUUUACCUGUGGUUAUCCUUAUGGGGGAUUUCUACCAAUUCCCUCCUGUCCAAGGCCAGCCCCUAUGGAAACCUCCGAGAAAUGGGACCGAACAGGAUGGGAAGCUUAUCUGGAAUCAGUUUAAACAAGUCAUUAUCCUCGACGAGCAGAUGCGCCAGGCGGAGGACUUACCAUAUCGGAACAUACUUACUCGUGCGAGGACUGCCACACUUACACACGAUGAUAUUUUGGUGUUGAACUCAAAGGCGAUAACUUCACUCGACGAUCCGCGUCUGCAUGCCACGACGGCAGUCGUUAAACUAAACGCGCUCCGACAUAUCAUAAAUCGUUUCCAGAUCGAGCGCUUCGCUCGGUCAAAACGUCAGAGAAUUUUGAUAUUCCCCGCGCUUCACACCCGCACAAGGUCCUCUGCGCCGACCGAUCUAACGCUUCACGCGGAUGACCUACUCGGGCUUCCCGAGCAGGGAGCAAAGAUCCCUUUUCCGGGACUUAUUCUCUAUACACUUUCAAUGCCGACAAUGCUUUUGACAAACAUAUGCACGCCUGCUGGAUUAGUUAAUGGUGCGACUGGAGAGGCUGUGGGCGUUGUGGUUGACCCGGACGCGGACUUCCACGAGCUUGAUGAACUGUACACCUUCUGUACAAAGCCUCCAGCGUGUCUCCUGUUCAAACCGAGCCGAUCGAAAUCGAUUUCUCUUCCUUCUUUAAGUGAAAAUGUCUUACCUAUCUUUCCACUCGAGGCGUCUAUAACUGUCAAGGGGUUCUCGGUGCGUCGGCGACAGGUCCCUAUUUGCCCGGCCUUCUGUCUCACCGACUAUAAAAUUCAGGGUACGACCCUCGAAUCCGCCAUUCUGGAUCUCAAGAAUGAUCGCAAAAUUCGAGGCCAAGACGCCCACCGGAGAUUCUGCUCUACUUACGUGCAACUAUCCCGUCUUCGUUCACUUGCUGGUCUUCAUCUCCUACAACCAAUUGAAAUGAGCGACCUACAACACGCCCCGGAUCCUCAAUUGCUCGGUGAGAUGCAAAGGCUGCGGGCACUGGAACCGAACACUCUUGCUGCAUGGCAAUCUGAUACCUCGAGAUACCUCACCUAA